GUAGCCGCCUGAGCCAUGGCGGCCUGAGUUGCUCCGCGACAGCCCUGCCGCGCACACGCACGCACGCCCGCACGAGCGCCCGCACGCCCGCCGGCACGCGCGCGCUGCCCCCACCCCCUCCGCCCCGUCAGCUGUUCCGCGCCGGACCGACGAUGCCGCAGUGAGACUGCCCGCGCUGGCCAUGGCCGCCCCCGAGGCCGCCGGCCACCUCUCGGGGCACCUGCCCGCCCACCUGGGCUUCACCAGCCUCGCGUCCAGGCCCGCCGCCGACAAGGCCGCCGCCUUCUCGCCCUUCUCCAUCUCCAGCAUCCUGAGCGACCACCACGCCGAUGACGCGCCCGCCGGCCGCCGCGACGACGGCCACCCUGGGGAGCGCGGCGGCGGCCUGUACCGCAGCGGCGCGCGCCCCGGCCUCGACGUCCUGGACGCCACCGCCGUCUGGUCCAGGUUGGGGCUCAUGUCCCAGCUGGCCGCGCUGCGACCCGGGCCCCCGGGGCCCCCGCACCCCCUGGGGCUCGGGGUGUGGCCGGGGCUGAGGGCGCCACCCGGAGGCCCUCAGGGCCCAAACCAGGGGGCGGAGCACCACGGCAGCGGCCCCGCUGCACCGCGACAGAGGACCACGUCAGAGGGCGGCUCCCUGUCCACCCCGGACAGCCCUGGAGGAUCCCGACAAGGGUCGCCGUCGCCGAGAGCGUCGCCCCGGUGCGUCAGCCCGGGCAGCGCGCCCCGCAGCCCCCCAAGCCCCCGGAGCCCCAGGAGCCCGCCCAGCCCCCGGACCCGGAGCCGUAGCCCGCCGCUGAGCCCAGCCAGGUCGGCGGCGAGCUCGGAGCACGAGCCCCGGAGCGCGGGGCAGGGCGCCAAACGGCUCCGCGAGGACGACAGUACGGCGCCGCCGCUCGCCAUGCCGUCCUACCCGGUGCGCAUCCCCUACUACAACCCCUUCCUGCUGUUCGGCUACGACUCCUACCUGGACUCGUACGCCCGCGGCCCCGCGCCCGCCCCCGCCGCCCCCUUGUCCGCCCGACAGGCGCCGCAGUCCGCGGGCGCGCCGCCCACCGCGGCGGGGGCGGCCGACAACGCCCCGCACAGCCCAGCCUCCUCGGCCGCCGAGGACGUCGACAUCAACAUCGAGGACGAGGAGUCUCUCGACGAGGACGACGGCGAGGCGGGCAAAGACGACCAGGGCAAGGACACCCAGUCGUCCGCGCAGGGCGGCGCAGGCAGCCAGUCGGCCGCGGGCAAGGCGAGGAAGAAGAAGACGCGCACCGUGUUCUCGCGCUCGCAGGUGUUCCAGCUCGAGUCCACGUUCGACCUCAAGCGCUACCUGUCCUCGUCCGAGCGCGCGGGGCUGGCCGCCUCGCUGCACCUCACCGAGACGCAAGUCAAGAUCUGGUUCCAGAACAGGCGCAACAAGUGGAAGCGGCAGCUGGCCGCCGAGCUGGAGGCCGCCAACAUGGCCAGCAUGGCCAGCAUGGCGAACAUGGCUCACGCGGCGCAGCGCCUCGUCAGGGUGCCCGUGCUGUACCACGAGCCCACGGCGUACGGCAACCCGCACGAGCCGCCAUCGUUUGCGAAGAAACCGCCGCCGUUCGCGUCCCUGUCCAGCUCGCUCUCCAGCUCGCUGUCCAGCCACCUCGACGAACAGCGCGAGGUCCGCGAUCCCCGGGACCUUCGGGAUCCCCGGGACCUUCGGGAUCCCCGGGACCUCAGGGACCUCAGGGACCUGCACGACCCGCGCGAUCCGCUCCGGGACUCGCUGAGGGACGCCCGCGAGGCCCGGGAGGUGUACUACCCCGGCCACCACCUCACUAGCCACCUGCCGGCGCCCAAGAGUGCCCCCCUCUCGUCUGGAAUCCCGACGUCGACGGCCAGCUCCAGACCCCCGAGUCCUGGACACAGUGCCGCCGGAGGCCGCUAGCACGACGGGAGUUGCUACGAAAAAGAGACGCUUGUUCAGAGCUCUGUUUGUCGGUCUGUAAUCAAGGCGGCUGUUCUAAUGGAAACGCGCGUUUCUAGUUCUCGAGAAUUAGUCAGAGCGCAGCCCAGGGCCCAGGGGCUCCACCCGCCCAGCCGGCCCGAUUGGCUGCCUUGCCUCGCUUCUACUCUAAUGGUUCCUCAGAGGCACAAGGAGUUUGUCCGCUAUAAUAUGUAGAGAUGCCACCUGCCUCGACCGCUUUGUCCUUUGCGCUCUGCGGACGAACUCAUCCCGACGGAUCUCUUUCUUGUUUGUGAAGUGUAUAAAUCAAAGCUUUGUUUUGUGCCAUACGCCCCAAACUUUAUUAUAAAGAGUUUGAUGACGGAUGUGACAUAAGUUACCUUGCACGUGCUUGUUUUACAGAUUUUGUUUUUAGUUUGUACCAAAUGCUCGGUGCCCCACCUUUUCUGUGAUAGGUAGAGUCUCCCCGCGCAUUAUUCGUAUGUGCGAAUAACGUAUUUAUCAUGUUAUGUUUUUACUACUUCGUUAUUCGUUAUUAUUGCUAUUAUUAUUAUUAUUAUUAGUAUUAUUCAUCAUCAUUAUUAUUAUUAUAAUUAUUAUAUAAAUAAUUGUGAUUUCAUGAGGCGCAUACAAAAGAAACAUUAAA